CCCCACCCACACCCAAAUUCGACAAACAUCUACAUGCAGAUGUACGAAGUAAUAUUUUGGUCCCUUGGUUGAAAGCCUGAGCACCACAUGGCGUUCCGCUAAGGUCCUGUUGAAAGUUGAAACGGGGAGUGCUAUUCCGGAGACAGACGUCGUGCCGGAUGCUAUUAAUCUGAAAACAUAUCCCCAGACAGCGCGGGUGCAGAGAACUCCUACGGCGACUGGCGCCGGCAGUGCUAUUAUCAUUCCGUUGAAAAAGGUUAACGAAAAAAGGAAAAGAGGAGACUCGAGGAGACUGAGAGGGGCUCUCGUAGUCGUAGACCCCUCCCCGAGAGAUUGAAUGAAACAAUGUUUUCGACGAGAAAUCCUGGUGUAGCAUCAUGGAGAUUGAUGCUUGUGGGAUCAUUUCUCCUUUUCUCAUCUUGCCCCGCCGAUUCUUCAUCUGCUGCUGCCGGCGGAGGAGCAGGGAAAGGAGGAGGAGAAGGAGGAGGAUGCAGCAUCGAAUGGCAGAUCCUAACUAAACGGAACUUCUCCUCACAGAUCGGCCUCCAUUCUCAUGUCCUUCUCAUGGUCACUGUUCCCUGGUCAGGUGAGUCUAGAUCCCUUAUGAAGGAAUUAGCACAUGCAGUUACUCGUAAGCAAGAAAAGUUUGGUGCCCUCAAGCUAAUGCUUGUGUACCGAAAUAGUGAGAAGAUGUUGGUUGACGCCAUUGAUGCUACAGAUGAAAUUACAAUUCUCUUCUACCAUUACUCUAUGUCUUUUAAGUACAAAGGGAGACUUCGUGCCCAAAAUAUACUGUCUUCUGCUCGUUAUCUUAUAUCCCUUUUGCCCGAAGAACUUCCCCUCAAAACCCUCAGCACCCAAGAGGACUUGGUAAAAUUCCUUGAUUCAACUGACAAGGCUAUACUUUUCUUCGAAUUUUGUGGAUGGACCCCCAUAUUGUUGGCCAAAAGAACAGAAAAUGCCUUUGGCAUGACAGGCAUGUCAAACACUGGGGUUUCUGGGAUGGGUUUCAAUGGAGAGGUUAAUAGAACAUUUACACUCCAACAGAAGAAAAAGCAAAAGGGAAUAGAAAAUAAAAAUAUGAAUUGCGGUGUUGAAAACAAGUUUAGUGGAAACUGGCUCAGGAAAUUUAGCUCAGCAAAUAGGAGUGCUCCUUGUGUGGAUGCUGAGAAUAAAAGGCCUGAUGUUGGGUUGUGCUGUACAUUUGAAGAGUUUCAGCAUUUUGAUUCUUUCUUCUCAAAGUUCUUGACUGCUGCACAAGAGUUUUUUCUCCCUCCUGAAAGGCAAAGAUUUGGUCUGAUUUCUGACAGAUCUCUGCUAACAUCUCUGGGCGUUGGGGAUUCUGCUUCAUGGCUGGCAAUGAUUUACUUUGUCGGUUGUCCCAGUUGUUCAAAGAUUCUUAAGGAAAAUGAUGACUUCAAAGAUGCUUUGCAGAUGCAUAAUUCAUUUGUUUUAGAGCUAGAGGGUGAUGGGCUCGAUCUUGAUCCUGCAUUACCUGCAAAUAGGCCAUCAAUACUUCUUUUUGUAGAUAGAUCAUCUGAAUCAUCAAAAAUUAGAAGAAAGAGUAAGGAAGCUCUUAAAGUGUUCCGAGAACUAGUGGUGCACAAUCAGAUUUCAUACCAGAUGGCUGGGAAAAACAAUGACAAGCCUGAGAAGUCCACUUUCCAGGGUUAUCAAGUAUCGACGAGCAGUCAUGGACCUUGUCAAUUAGAGCUGUCUCCAACCUCUCAGAAAGCAGGACUGAAAGAUACGAUCUCUAUUAUGAUAAUAAAUGAAGGUGGGCAUGUUGCUUUGGAUAAUAUAGCUUCAGAUGUACAAAGCAAUUCCUUGCAGAAGAUUUUGGAAUAUGUACUCCAGCACAAGAAGGAAGCAAAAUUGAAGUCACCCGCAAAGGAGGUAGGCUUCCAACUUCUUUCUAACGAUUUUGACAUAAAAAUAGCUGAUAUGUUACCAUCACCAAUAGAAGAUGUUCAAUUACAUCACAUUUCAUCGGAUCACACAGUGGAAAACCAUGUUAAUCAUGUUGAUUUGAACAAUGAUGAGUUGCUACCUACGGAAAGUAUAUCUGCUCGGGAGCAUGAACAAUCUAAACAUACAAGUAUUGGAUCUUCUUCUCAGUAUAGUGAAGAAAAGAGAACUGUUGUGGAUUCAAGUGCACAGGUAAUAUCUUUAGAAUCUGAUUGCUGCGAUUCAAAUGAUGAACUUACUAAUGCUGAAGAUGUAAGAGUUGAGCAACCAGGUUUACCAGAGGUUGACUGUUUGCGAGAACAGCAGCAGUCUGCAGCUCUCAAGGGUUCCUUUUUUUUUUCUGAUGGCAGUUAUCGGUUAGUUAGAGCUCUAACUGCUGGGUCAAAAAUUCCUUCAGUGGUGAUAAUUGAUCCUAUUUCAAAUAGACAUUAUGUCUUCCCAGAACAUACAGUUUUCAGCUAUUCAGCCCUAGUUAAUUUUCUUGACGGGUUUCGCAAUGGUAGUCUUAUUCCAUAUCAACGCUCAGAGACUUUAUUUUUAAAACAUAGAGAGGUUAAACAUCCACCAUUUGUUAAUCUUGAUUUUCAUGAGGCGGACUCUAUUCCUCGAGUUACUGCUCAUACAUUUUCUGAGAUGGUUCUUGGUUCCAAUCAGUCUGAUAGUCAAAAUGCAGGCAAUGCUUGGAAGAAGGAUGUUUUAGUUCUUUUUAGCAAUAGUUGGUGUGGCUUUUGCCAGAGAAUGGAACUGGUUGUUCGUGAAGUUUACCGGGCCUUGAAGGGAUACAUGAACAAGCUGAAAAAUGCAUCUGAGAAAGGAGAAUUUUUAUUUAGUUGUGAUAACUUGGAAGAAUUUAUGCUGAGGCUUCCACUAAUUUACUUAAUGGAUUGCACAUUGAAUGAUUGCAGUUUGAUCUUAAAAUCGUUGGGCCAGGUAGAACUUUAUCCAUCUCUGCUGUUAUUUCCAGCAGAAAGGAAGAGCGUUGUAUCUUAUGAAGGUGACAUGGCCGCAACCAGUAUUAUGGAGUUCAUAGUUCAUCAUGGAAAUGAUUUUCACAGCAAAGGAUAAUUUUUUUUCAUCAGGAAUUUUUGUUUUUUUGUUGCAAAAGAAACGUAUCAAGAAAGAGUAGAGGAAACUGCAAUCAAGGAGAGGAUUUUCAUUUUUAAGCUUAUGAGAUUUUGUGCCUAUCAAAAAAUUAUGCAUCAAGAUUUGCAUAGAAUCCCACCCAACUUGAAUGGUUGUCCACUCAGAUAAGUUGUUGGAUUCUUUUAUAGGCGAGCUUCUUUACCUUUUAUAGACAAUCACAUUAUUGUAUCUUAAUGAUGUUCGCAUCAGUAAAUAUUACAUGGAUUUAGUGGAUUCAAUUACAUGAAUUUUUCUCUUUUUUCGUCAA